UUACUUGCUCUCCUGCAUGGGAGGGGGCAGACUUACAUAGAAGCCCCAAUCACUAGGUUUGCUGUGUGCACGGGAAAAUACAUGUGCGAGAGAGAGAGACUACACACUGAGCGCCUCGUCCCUUUUUUGUCGUUCCCCGCACUCGAGAGACAUCGCCGUCAUGCACUGGGCCAGGGCUCCCCUCCCCUGGCUCCCCGCGCUCCUGCCGUGGCUGCUGGGGCUCCUGGCGGCCGGCUCGGAGUUCCAGCAUCACCGCUACGAGGACAUGGUGAGAGCUUUGUUCGCCGUGCACAGCGAGUGUCCCUACGUCACGCGUGUCUACAGCAUCGGACGCAGCGUGGAGGGGCGCCACCUCUACGUGCUGGAGUUCACCGAUAACCCGGGCAUCCACGAGGCGUUGGAACCCGAGUUCAAGUACGUGGGCAACAUGCACGGCAACGAAGUGCUGGGCCGCGAGCUGCUCAUCAAGUUCUCACAGUUUCUGUGCGAGGAAUACCGGGCUGGAAACCAGCGGAUCACGAGGCUCAUCUACGACACACGCAUCCACAUCAUGCCCUCCAUGAACCCUGAUGGCUAUGAGGUGGCUGCCAGACAGGGCCCAGAGUUCAACGGCUACCUGGUGGGUCGUGGCAACGCCCGAGAAAUCGACCUGAACCGAAACUUUCCCGACCUGAACGCCCUCAUGUAUUACUACGAGAAGACCAACGGACGAAAGCACCACCUGCCGCUGCCUGACAACUGGGAGCAACAGGUUGAACCAGAGACACGUGCGGUCAUCAAAUGGAUGCAGAACUACAACUUUGUCCUGUCCGCCAACCUUCAUGGAGGAGCCGUGGUGGCCAACUACCCCUUUGACAAGUCGCGAGAUGCCCGCAUCCGAGGGAGGACCACCUAUGCCGCCACUGCGGACGACAAAAUCUUCAGAAACUUGGCGAGGACCUACUCGUAUGCACACAGCUGGAUGCACAACGGUUGGAACUGCGGUGACUACUUCGAUGAGGGGAUAACCAACGGGGCUAGCUGGUACUCGCUGUCUAAGGGCAUGCAAGACUUCAACUAUUUACACACCAACUGUUUUGAGAUCACGCUGGAGCUGAGCUGCGAUAAGUUCCCAGCCGAGUCUACGUUGCCCAGAGAGUGGCUGGGCAACCGAGAGGCGCUGGUUUCAUACGUGGAACAGGUGCACCAUGGGCUAAAAGGCAUAGUGUAUGAUGAAAACAACAAUCCUAUAAAGAAUGCCGAGAUCUCAGUGUCAGGAGUCAACCACGAUGUGACCAGCGGAGUGGCUGGCGACUAUUUCCGCCUCCUGUUGCCGGGCACGUACACCGUGACAACCUCGGCCCCCGGUUACACUGCCUCUACCAGCACCGUCACCGUGGGACCAGCUGAGGCCACACAGCUGCAUUUUCAUUUGAAAAAGGCCCCAAAACCCAACCUGAAGACAAAGCACCACUAUGGAAAAAAGAACCUGUCAUCCCCCAAGUCUUCCUUAAAACUUGGUCCAAGAUGAGUCCGCGAUUUACAGAACACAUAAACCUGCUAUAUGAGUAAACACACAUAGAAACUAAGGACAAAACUAUGUAGACCUAUGAUUAUGUAUUAUUUUUUGUUAAUAUACUUUCUUGUCUGUAUUGAUUAAUUAUUGCCAGACCGGCGUAUUUAUAUAACAUUAUUGAUGGAUACAAAGGUGAUCGUGCUUUAUUUGUAUGUGCAAUUAUUUGAUGAUUACCUACAAUGGAAAUAAAAUAAUGUUGUUUUUGUCA